CCUCACCGUCUCCAGUCCUAAAUAGAAUAUAUAAAAAUUAAAAAUGGCCCUACGUGUGACUAUUCAAAAUUACUCGAAUAGACGAAUAGUAAAUUUCAGAAAGUUUAAUAAAUAAAAGGGAAGGAACUCAGGAAGCCUCUUUCUGCUGUCGUGCGUGUUCUAUUUAUUCUUCUCUACAACCUUCUUUAACGAGAGUCACAGAAGUUAUCCUAUGAUAAUGAGCGGAGCUUGAGCUUUAUUCGUCUCAGAUCUGUGUUGAUAACUUGAAGGGAAAGGUGUAAUAAAAUAAAAAGAUCCUCAGAUCCAUCGGAACAUACAAGCGAAACCAUGGCUUUAGGAAAAUACUCUAGAGUUGAUGGUCGGAAAUCUUCAUCAGGCUAUUGUUCGACCGUCAUGAUUGUGGUCUUUGUGGCCCUAUGCCUGGUCGGGAUAUGGAUGAUGACAUCAUCCUCUGUGGUCCCUGUUCAGAAUCUGGAUGUCUCGCAGGACACAAAAAAUGAGGUGACAACGCCUGCUGCAGAGACCACAGUCGAGGCUAAAAACGAGGACUCUAACAAUAAUGCAAACGAAGAUAACGGCAAAAGCCAAACCGACGAGGGAAAGCUGAAGCAGUUUGAUGAUAACCCUGGCGAUUUGCCUGAGGAGGCCACCAAGGAGGAAAUGAAAAAUGACCAGGUGGAUAAGAAAGAUACAUCAGAUGAGACUGGUUUGAAUAAUCAGGUGGAUAAAAAUAAUCCUUCGGAGGAGCCAGCAAAGAAAACCGAGGAAUCCGGUGACGUGAAGGCUGGAAAUGAGGGAAAGGAUGAGGGGACUAAUAAUGAGCCAGAAAACGGAGACGGCGAAAAGAAAUCUGAUGUGGAAUCCCAGGCGAAUCAAGACUCCGAAAAUCAGGAAAACAGCACCCCAGAUGACGGGGGGAAGAAUUCUGAAGAAGAUUUGGGGAAAACGGAUGGGGAUAAGGAAGAGGGUCAGACAGACAAGAAGGUGGAGAACAAGACGGAUGAGAAGUCUGCUGAGGAAAAGAACAAAUCAAGUGAAGUGUUUCCUUCUGGAGCCCAAUCGGAGCUAACGGAUGAGUCUGCAACUCAGAACGGAUCAUUUCCGACUCAGGCAACAGAGUCAAAAAAUGAGAAAAAUGCCCAACCGGAAAAUCAGAUUAAAUACAGCUGGAAGGUUUGUAAAACCACUGCCGGGACGGAUUACAUUCCGUGCCUUGAUAACUUGGAGGCAAUAAAAAAGCUUCCUUCAACUAAGCACUACGAACACAGGGAGAGGCACUGCCCUGAACACUCACCUACCUGCCUUGUUCCCCUUCCUGAAGGAUAUCGACGUUCAAUUGAGUGGCCCAAAAGUCGGGAGCAGAUCUGGUACCAAAAUGUGCCACAUACCAAGCUUGCAGAAGUUAAGGGACACCAGAAUUGGGUUAAAGUUAGUGGUGAAUAUCUUACGUUUCCUGGUGGUGGCACCCAGUUUAAGCAUGGUGCGCUUCACUACAUUGACUUCAUACAACAGUCUGUACCUGAUAUUGCCUGGGGCAAGCAUUCGCGUGUGGUUCUUGACGUUGGCUGUGGGGUUGCUAGUUUUGGGGGUUUCCUCUUUGAUAGGGAUGUGCUGACCAUGUCAUUAGCCCCAAAAGACGAACAUGAGGCUCAGGUUCAAUUUGCACUCGAGAGAGGAAUCCCAGCAAUAUCUGCUGUUAUGGGUACCAAGAGACUUCCGUAUCCUGGCAGAGUUUUUGAUGUUGUUCAUUGUGCACGUUGUAGGGUGCCCUGGCAUAUCGAAGGUGGCAAGCUUCUCGUGGAGCUGAACCGUGUACUGCGACCUGGAGGUUUCUUUGUUUGGUCUGCAACGCCCGUUUACCAGAAACUUGCAGAGGAUGUUGAGAUAUGGGAAGCCAUGAAGAAGUUGACACAAGCAAUGUGCUGGGAAGUUGUCUCGAUAACCAAGGACAGAAUAAAUGGAGUUGGAAUCGCCGUGUACCGUAAGCCCACUACAAAUGAAUGCUAUGAACAGAGGUCAAAAAGUGAGCCCCCUCUAUGUCAAGAUUCUGAUGAUGCAAAUGCUGCCUGGAAUGUGCCUUUGCAAACAUGCAUGCACAAAGUUCCUGUUACUUCGUCCGAACGCGGGGCCCAGUGGCCAGAGCAGUGGCCUGCUAGGGUUGAGAAGGUGCCUUACUGGUUGUCAAGCUCUGAGGUUGGGGUUUAUGGCAAACCGGCUCCUGAAGAUUUUGAUGCGGAUUAUAAACACUGGAAACGUGUGGUUAACAAUUCAUAUCUAAAAGGACUGGGAAUAAACUGGUCUACUGUUAGGAAUGUCAUGGAUAUGCGAGCUGUCUAUGGAGGAUUGGCUGCUGCAAUGAGGGAACUGAAUGUGUGGGUUAUGAAUGUUGUCUCUAUAGAUGCUCCAGAUACAUUGCCCAUUAUUUACGAACGGGGUUUAUUUGGAAUUUAUCAUGACUGGUGCGAAUCAUUCAGUACAUACCCAAGAUCUUACGACCUUCUCCAUGCUGACCAUCUUUUCUCAAAGAUAAAAAAGAAGUGCAAUUCCAUGGGCUUGGUUGCUGAGGUUGAUAGGAUUUUGAGACCAGAAGGAAAAAUAAUUGUCCGUGACACUGUAGAGAUCAUUACUGAACUUGAGGGCAUAUUUAAGUCCAUGCAAUGGGACAUCCGGAUGACUUACUCAAAGGACAAGGAAGGAUUGUUGUGUGCCCAGAAAUCCAUGUGGCGGCCUAAAGAAGAAGAAACACUUACUUAUGCCCUUGCUUAAAGAGGCAUCGUAACAAGACACAAAUACUUUCGGUUCUUGAGGUUUUGCUUUGCUGCCAUGAGAAAAAAAGGUUUUGUUUUUCUGGUUAUUAAAUUAAAUGCUUAUUCCGGGGACUCUGGUCUGACUGGUAUUUGUGUGCGGGUUAUCAUGUAGCAUGUCAUACUAGCCACAAUUAGGUCUUUAUUUUUUUUAUUUUUUAUUUUUUAUUUUGUCAAACCGGCCAUGUCAAUUGUAUCGUGUAUUAUUAUUAGUCACAUGAACUGUAAGAAAAAUGUGUCCAAUCCAUUGGUUCAUUAUGUUGUAGAAGUUACUACUGAUAUUCAUUAUUUAUUUCAAAUGAUGCUCAGUUUCCUUUCAAA